GUGUGUGUGUGUGUGUGUGUGUAUGUAUAUAUGUAUAUGUGUAUAUAUGUGUGUGUAGUGUAGUGUAGUGAAAUGAAGUGAAGUUAAAGCCUUUUCCACCAAAUGUCUGUCAUAUAGUUUCCCCUGGGGUAGUAAAGCUUGCAGUGUAUUAAAUGUAGACAGUGAACAUACAUUCUCACAUAGGUCAUAUUUUAUGUAGGGCCUAUAAAUAAAAGGUCACAGUCAUCUACAAAAUUGAGGAUGUAUGUCUAUAUGCAUUGUUGUAAUUGUUUUAAUAGGUUACGUGAUGGCGCUGGCAGGAGUCCGUGUAAUUGAGCUUGCUGGACUAGCUCCUGCACCAUUCUGUGGAAUGAUAUUGGCAGAUUUUGGGGCCAAGGUGAUUCGUGUGGAUCGAACAAAGGUUGCAGUGUCAGUUGAUACUCAAGCAAGGGGCAAACAGUCUGUGUCCUUGAACCUAAAGAGUCCUGAAGGUGUAGCUGUUCUGAAAACACUGUGCAUUCAAUCAGAUGUGGUUCUUGAACCUUUUCGGAAAGGCGUGAUGGAGAAGUUAGGCUUAGGCCCUGAGGAGCUGUUGAGGGAGAAUCCUCGGCUGAUUUAUGCCCGCCUCACAGGCUAUGGCCAGAGUGGCUCUUAUGCCAGGGCUGCUGGGCAUGAUAUAAACUACCUGGCCAUGUCAGGGUUGCUUUCUAUGCUGGGCCGUAGCUCGGAGAAGCUUUACGCGCCGCUCAACCUGUUGGCAGACUUUGCAGGAGGAGGACUGACGUGCGCCUUGGGGAUUGUUCUGGCCCUGCUGGAGAGAAGCAGGUCAGGCCAGGGCCAGAUCAUCGAUGCCAGCAUGGUGGAGGGGGCUGCCUACCUGGGCUCCUUUGUGUGGAAGUCUCGGAGCACUGGCCUGUGGAACCGGCCCCGUGGCCAGAACCUGCUGGACAGCGGGGCUCCAUUCUAUGACACGUACCGCACCGCAGACGGGAAGUACAUGGCAGUGGGUGCUAUCGAGCCUCAGUUCUAUGAUCAACUCAUUCACGGGUUGGGAUUGAAAGCAGCUGACCUCCCAAACCAAAUGAGCAUCUCUGAUUGGCCAGAGCUGAAACGGACAUUCACCCAGGUGUUUGCCAAGAAAACUCAGGCGGAGUGGAGUGACAUCUUUGAUGGGACAGACGCCUGUGUCACCCCUGUGCUUCCUCUGGAUGAGGCGGGCUUGCAUCCCCAUAACCUUCAGCGGAGAUCCUUCCUCAGCAAUGCCCAAGGGGAGGUCAGCCCUAAGCCAGCACCUGUCCUCUCCCGCACGCCCGCUCAACCCUCCAUGUCUCGUGACCCCUUCAUCGGGGAGCACACCCACUCUGUGUUGGAAGAGUAUGGCUUUGAGCCGGCCAAGAUUGAGCAGCUGGUAUCUGCCGGCGUGGUGGAGUGCAACAAGGCUAAGGCACGUUUGUAGACUGGCAGCAGACCACGGUGAAUGCUACAGUAGCAAAUACCCUCUUGCCUCGAAACUCUUCACCUUCAGCUGAAAAGUGACAUGUGAAGAGUGUUUAAGAUCAAAAUAACCUUCUUUUGAUCCACAGGCUACUGGAAAAAGCUGAUUUUCCCACAGUACUUCCAUGCUCCCUGCUCAUGUCCUUUAAGUGCUCUACUUUUCUGUGAUUAGCCUCCAUCAGGGGAAGACAUGCAGAGCUGAAUUAAUUUAAGAUGAAUGUUCUUAAAAUUCUUCUCUGCAAUCAUGUUUUUCAUUAAGCCCAUCAAUUAUGGAUACAACUGUAAAGCUUUACCUGGUGUAUUGAAUAUUUAGUGCAUUGUGAUUAUAGCUUAGCACUUCAGAGUGUGAAUUAUUGCAUUAAUUUGACUAGCCCAGAGUGGUGCUCAUGUACUUAUGACCCUUUUCACUAAGGUUUAAAAGAUCGAGAUGUGACUUCUGAGCACUAAGUCAGUUCUUCCUGCCCUUGUAUCAUAUUUGUGUGUGUGUGUGUGUGUGUGUCUAGCAGUGAAAGACAACUUGGCAGAUGAGAGCAGGCACAGUAGUAUAGAAAGAAUUCAGUGAGUGUUAUCAUUUUUUAAAAAGCUUUUCCCCCAUGUAAGAGCAGGCACAAUAAUGUAUAUGUAUGUAAAUGUAAUGUAGGUAAGAUUUAGUGAAUGUUAUCAUCUUGAACUGUAACAAUUCAGUGGGCUUUCUUAUUCCACAGACUGUUUUAGAAGAGCUUUAUUAAAGACUGAGACACCAGGACUGCGACUUAUACAAUCACAUGUUAAUUCUAAAUGUAUCAAAAUGUAUUAGAUCAGGAUACACUGACCUUAACUAGAGGAAAUGUUAUUUUGCAGUGAAGUGUAUAGUUUUUCACUGUUCAUGGAUCAAACUUUGGAUAUAAAUUUUUUAUUAUUUU